AUGUUGUCGACCUCAUCGCCGGCAACAACAAUUCCGUCGUCGUUAAAAUACUUACCUCUCAGAAGCUUUGCAAAUCACAACACCGGUGCCUCAGUUGACCUUUUCCGGCCUGCAUCAUCAAUUGGAAGAAUCAAGUCGGAAACCUUCUUUAAAUGCGGUGGUUUUGCUAUUGGUAUGACAGUAAAUCAUGUUACUCUUGACGCAAUAAGCUUGAAAACCUUCCUAGAAAACCUAGCUUCUUUGGCUGCUGAUAAACCCCUCGCCACCACACCUUUUAAUGAUCGCCACCUCCUGGCAGCAAGAUCGCCACCGCAGAUCAAAUUCGACCAUCCUGAACUUCUCAAGAUCCCAACCGAAAUGGACCUCCCAAGCGCUACAAUUUUCGAUUACGCAAAAGAUCAACUAGACUGCAAGAUCUUCAAUCUGACCUCAAAUGACAUAGCCCACCUCAAACAGAAGGCCAAAGACGGACAUGUUUCGGCCAAUGUGAAAUUCAGCAAGUUCAAUUUGGUUGCAGCGCAUGUGUGGCGGUGUAAAGCAUUGUCAUACGGCACAAAUUAUGACCCACAGAGGGUUUCCACGGUCCUAUAUGCUGUAGAUGUUCGGUUCAGGUUGAACUUGCCUCAAUCCUAUACAGGCAACGCAAUUCUGAGUGCCUAUGCAUCUGCGCGAUGCAAAGAUAUUGAAGAAGGGCCGUUGUCGAAGUUGGUGGAGAUGAUGGUGGAAGGUAAUAAUAGGAUGACAGGGGAGUAUGCAAGGUCUGUAAUUGAUUGGGGAGAAGUGAACAAAGGGUUUCCAAAUGGUGAUUGUUUGAUUUCAUCUGCAUGGCGAUUAGGAUCUACAGACUUGGAGGAGUAUUCAUUAUGGAAACCACAGUAG